GUCUUACUUUGCAAAUUGCAGAGUAAAUACAAUAGCUAUGUGGCUCAGCUUCUUGUUUCUUGCUAUUGCAGCAACUGGAGCUGUACUUGCUAAUAACAAUGGAGUUGGUCUCAAGCCGCCAAUGGGCUGGAACACCUGGUGCUCACUAGGAAGGUGUGGCCGAGAUUACUGUGAUGCCAAGGAGCUGAUGGCAAUAGCUGAUGCAAUGGCGACUAACGGCAUGAAAGAAGCAGGCUAUGAGUAUAUUAAUAUGGACGAUUGCUGGGGCGAUCAUCGUGAUGACAAGGGUAAUAUUGUUCCUGACAAAGAUCGCUUUCCUGAUGGACUUGUUCCGGUUGUGAAAUACGUCAAUUCGAAAGGAUUCAAAUUUGGAUUAUAUACUGAUGCAGGAUUGUACACAUGCAGCUCUGGUGGGAGGAAGUACAAAAUACCAGGAAGCUAUGGCCAUUAUGAGCAAGAUGCCAAUACUUAUGCUAGCUGGGGCAUUGAAUAUGUAAAAAUGGAUUGGUGCAACACAAAGAUCAAUGGGACUGAGCUAGACCCACACAAACAAUAUCAAGAAAUGUCUGAUGCACUUAAUAAAACUGGAAAGCCGAUAUUCUUCAAUUCCUGUGAAUGGGGAGUGGACAAUCCUUGGGAAUGGAUGCACCAAUAUGCCAACUCUUGGAGGACAGGGCCUGAUCAUCAUGAUGACUGGAAAACAACCUCAAAGAUAAUUGAAGUUAAUGCUGACCUAGGAGACUAUGCAGGCACUGGUAAGGGCUGGAAUGAUCCAGAUUUCUUAAUGACUGGAGGAGAAGGAUGUGACCCACCAGUGGAUUCAGUUCAUUGUCCUGGGAUGACUGACACAGAGUAUCGUACAGAGUUCACUCUUUGGUGUCUGAUGUCAGCUCCAUUACUAGUAGUUACUGAUGUACGCAACAUGACCAGUAUAAUGAAGGAAGUGCUGCUCAAUAAAGACUUGAUAGAGAUUAAUCAGGACACUACAGGGCCAGGAGGUAAAAGAAUAGGAUUUGAUAAAACCUGCGGUGAAAAUGCUUGCCAAAUAUGGGCAAAGAAUAUUACCAAUGGAGAGAAAGCUAUUGCACUCUACAAUGCUGAUAGUGUUAGUCAUAAUAUUACGCUAGAUUUUAGUUUGUUCGGUUGGAAAGUUGUCAGCAUGCAGAACCUAUGGAAGAAUGAAAAUCUAAAUGCUACCAACAGUUAUACUGUUGAAGUGGAGUCUCAUGGAGUACAGGCAUACAGAGCUGCUUCAGUUGGUUGAACUAACACAAAUCUGCUGCCCUGCUAUUGCUAAACUAUUUGCUUAAUAUUUUAUGCACAAUUUUUAUUUUUGCAGGCUACAGUUGCUGUUUCAUGCAGUAAUUUUUAUGCAUUAUGCAAAGCAAAGCUAAAAAUGCAAA